UUAAAAUAAAGAGAGUGGCAAUGAUGUUGAUUUCUCCAAAGCCAGUGGCAUUCCCACUCGAUCCACCAGAUAAAUAGCUUGCCCCAGCACCCGCCUUUCUGAUCUUGACACAAGCCAUAGCCAUCCCUCUCUCUCUAACACAGACACAAAGAUGCAGAAGGUGACAUUGCUGUUGCUGAUGCUGUGUGCCACCUCCUACACUACCACAUCUCUCCUUGAUGGUUUAUUGCCGAACGGCAACUUCGAGAACGGCCCGAAGCCGUGGCAGCUGAAAGGAACGGUGGUCACCAGCAAAACUGCCAUUCCUGGAUGGGAAAUUUCAGGCUAUGUUGAGUACAUCAAAUCAGGUCACAAGCAGGGUGAUAUGUUACUGGUAGUCCCUGAAGGAGCUUUUGCAGUGAGGCUCGGCAAUGAGGCUUCGGUAAAGCAGAAGGUGAAGGUCGUGAAGGGUACGUUCUACUCCGUCACAUUUAGCGCGGCUCGAACGUGCGCGCAAGGAGAGAAGUUGAACGUAUCGGCCUCGCCUAACUCAGAGGCAUAUGACUGGGGAAUAUUGCCGAUGCAAACGAUGUACAGCAGCAAUGGAUGGGAUUCUUAUUGCUGGAGCUUCCAAGCGGAGGCCCCAGAAAUCGAGAUCUCGAUCCAUAACCCAGGCGUGGAUGAGGACCCGGCUUGUGGACCGUUGAUUGAUUCGGUCGCAUUGAAGGCAUUGUACAUCCCGAGACGUACUAAUGCAAAUUUGGUAAAGAACGGAAAUUUUGAAGAAGGCCCUUAUGUGCUCCCAAAGACUUCAUGGGGCGUCCUAAUACCGCCCCACAUUGAGGAUGACCACAGCCCUUUGCCCGGAUGGAUGAUCGAGUCCCAAAAAGCAGUGAAGUACGUCGAUUCGGAUCACUUCGCCGUUCCGGAGGGAAAGCAUGCCGUGGAACUCAUCGCCGGGAAGGAAAGUGCCAUUGCACAAGUCGUCUCAACCCAGCCCAGCAAAGUCUACGUGCUCACAUUUGCAGUAGGCGAUGCCAAGAACUUGUGCGAAGGGUCUAUGGCGGUGGAGGCAUAUGCAGGGAAGGCGUCAGUUACGGUGCCCUACACUUCUAUGGGCAAAGGUGGUCAUGUCCGUGCUAAACUCCGGUUCACAGCCACGUCGGCUCGCACGAGGGUCAUGUUCUUGAGCUCGUACUACAACAUGCAGAGCGAUCACUCUGGUUCUCUGUGUGGACCUGUUAUCGACGAUGUGAGGUUGGUUAGCGUUCGCAACCGCAAACUAGCAUGAGCUUUUGGCUUGUUUUGAGAAGCCACCUAAGAAACCUGCAUUUUCCAGGAGGCUUAUCGUGAUAUAAUGCUACACACUAUGAUUUCCUGUA